UUUUUUUUUAUUAAUUGAUUGAGUUGAGUUUGUAGAAGAAAAAUAAGAAAAUAAGCCAAAAUGCGAAUGAGAAACGCAUUUCAACUGCCAGAGUUGGAUGAUUUACUAAAGCAUCGUAGAGCAGGCACUGAUAACGUAGUUGUAGUCUCAAUAAUUGGGAAAAGUUCAUUGAACAUGGCUGGCUUGAAAAUGAAAUCAAUCGGAAGAUUAUUUCCACUGGAAGGGCGCCCACCGGGUGAGACUUUGAUCAAAGGAUCCUAUGAUGAACAGCAUCGAAUCAUUUACCUUCAUUUGUACAGUUUGUUCGAUACGGACAUUUUGUUAGAAAAGUUAGAGGAACUUUACCGUGACAAAGGUUGUUUUGAAGACUUCCUGGAGACUAACAAUGACAUCAAAACGUCUUUUUGUCGAUACUGCUUGCUAUUGUUUUACAUUAGCCACAUUGUAAUUCUAUCACAUCCAGGAACGUCUUUCGACAACAGUUACAUUCAGUGUUUCAAAGCACUGGAUUUACUAAGCAAAAAGAUGUUCGAAGAAAUUUGCGAUUGCUUGAAAUCACUGGACAUGUUAAAUCCUGAAUGGGUUGCCAAUGGACGACCCUGCACCCCAAGAAUAAUUUUCUACUUUGAAAGAACGCAUGCUGUUAAGAUUGGCAUAAAAAAGCUGGAACACAAUCUGGAAGACAGAAUAUACCAUAUUCUCAAGAAAACCAGGAUAAUUACCACCAGUGGGUGCACACUAUUUUCGAUUCCUCUGAACGAAGAAUUUGUCUACUUAGCUGAAAAAAUGCCAGAGGAUCCUCUGAGCGAAGCCGUAAAAGGAAUAAUCCGCGACUGUCAGCCAGGCGGUGCGAUGCAACUUGAUAUGCCAUUCUCAACUGAGUCUCAUUUAGAAAAAGAUUUUUAUAAAUUUCUACUUGUUCAUGUUCAGCGUGCAAAAACUAAAGGUUUCGAUGAUACCGUUUCUUCGUCCAGACAUCUGCAUGCGCCCUCACAUUUCGAACUUCCAUUAUUAGAACAUUGGAUAGAAGCAACUAAAUGUUUGUACAACUUAAUUAUUACUGAAGAGAGGCCAAUGCCAUCUCUUUACACAGAUACGCGGUUUUCUGAGCAAAGGUGUCUGAAAGUGCUACCAUUGGCUGUAGCGCGGUAUCAGGAAGGCUUACCCUCGCAUUACGCGCAAAGUGAACACGAAGCCAGAUUAGCAAUUGCUUUGAACCUUUUUAGGGCGCAAGCCAGAGGACCAAGAUAUCCGCAGUAUGAAAUGAAACUUGAGAUGGAAUGUCACGCGCACUGGUCAAAUGAACGACAGCAAUGUGAAGCAGCUUCAAUGACUGGAAAUCCUUGCAAACUUCCAAAACAUCCCGCUGACCAAGAGCAUAUGAGCGGAUUUAUCUACAAGUCUGUAUGUGAUUGCGGACGAAAGACUGCCGGCAGAGAUGAUCCUUACACGGCAAUUCGAGCCAACUAUAUAUUUUACCAGCAAAUAGCGGCGGAAUGUGUUUGUGCCGAUUUGAAGCGAAUAGAGUUUCCGAUAUUUGAGCCUUCGAUAACCGAAUUUAAAGCUGCCACAAUUAGUGAAUCGGACGACCUAACGCCGGUACUUUCGGAUAGAACGGUUCCACUCUCCCCAGAAGUAAAAUUGGAGUCGCUGGUAAGGCAACCGAGUACAACGGAGUACUUACCUGGCAUGCUCACCUUAAGUUCUCCUCCAGGACUACUUCCAGUAUUCUCAAGUUGGUCGCUUGUAUGUUUGGGCCCUUCUUCUAUAUAUAGUCAUAACGUAGGCAUUUCCGAAUCCUAUCAUCCCGGAUUCAUGAGUUUCACAAAUUAUCUUUUGCCAUGGGACGUGACGGUUGGAAUGAAAUCGAAAAAGGCAUGGCCUGCAAUUGGAAAAUACGCAACUAGAGUAAAGAAAGGAAAACCGACAACUACCGUCCCCCAGUCCGUGAAAGUAUUUAUUGGUGUUGAAUAUGAAUGUCCAUCAGGGCAUCGCUUCAUGUUAUCCGCACCGGAUAGAUUAUUAAAAGCUACUCCGGGAAGUCUUGUUAAAGAUACUGGCCUUAAAAUUGCAGAGUCCGAUAUGCCACUGUACUAUCAAUGUUCGUGCAGGGCAGGAAAAAUUGCCCAAUUGAUGCGAAUUCAUGUGGUUACUCCAAAGGCUCCGGUCUAUUGCACUUUAAAUCCAAAGAUUCAACCAGCUGCGGGAGCCCCAAUAUUCAUUUGCACCAACGAUGGACCGAUUAAGCUCACUCAGUCCGCAUAUUGGGUGAUGCGACUUCCGUUUGUGUAUGUAGCUGAUACUGAACAUUACCAACAAAAUUUGACUGGAAAAUUGUUGUCGGGCACAUUUGGUGUGGUUGAAGCAGAAUAGAAACACAGAAAAUGCCGCCUAAACUAAACAACAGCUCAACAAAAUCAAUGUAACACUGACAAAUUUGGACCAACUUUGGAACUGGAUAAAUUCUAACUGCAACGGCCGAGUUUAUUUCUGUUUGAAGCGUUUUUUAGUGCAAUUCCUUGUGUUUUGCAAAAAAUGGUGCUUCAGAUUAAGUUUCUACAGGGCGACGAAUGAAUCAAUGCAAAAUUAGUGAAAGUUGCACAUGUUCUGAGUACGACAAAAAACUUUGUUUUAUGUUUGAAUGACAUUAAGAUGGACCUCGUAUCUCGAAAAAAGUUUUUGAAUAAAUAUCCUGCAUGUUAUUAGUACCUACAAUAAGAAUAAUCCACAAAAUGAUAAUCUUUAAAAAAAUCCAAUAGUUUAGUUGCAACUUUCCUUGUCGUUUAUUCUUAAUCACCCUGUAAGGCUUGAAGAAUACUGUAAUGAAUGUAUAAGUAAAGCCUAAAUGUAAAUAGAGUCGAUUAAAACUG